ACAACAACAGGAGGAACCGCGGUACUAAGAUCAUUUUGCGCCGCUCACACACUGCACGCACCCACACAACCGCAGCUCUUAACCCAAACGAUAACAGAACGAUAACAAAUAUAGGAACUAAAACACAACAUUUAUCAUGGAGACCACGAAGAGAGGAUUCUGUUGGAAACUUUUUCUUCUUUAUUACUUAUUUGUGGAAGGGUCGGCUCAAGACUUCGCGCAGACCCAGUUCAUUUGCACGUCCGUACCCAAAGAUAUGGACAUAUGCGCCGCAACCUUGCAGAAUGGCGUUCCCGGCGAAAACCUCAAGACCACGGUGAUGCAGCUACGGGAGACAGUGCUGCAACAGAAGGAAACGAUAAUGAACCAGAAGGAGACCAUCCGGGAGCUCACCUCCAAGCUGACCCGCUGUGAGGGCCAGAGCGCCCCGGAGACCGGGGACGCGCGGCCCGGAGGGCGGAGGAAAGACCCGGGAACCAAAAACACAAUGGGGGACGUAUCAAGGGGUCCCGCGGACUCGUUAACUCAACUGUCCCAGACUUUACAGUCUCUCAAACAGAGAUUAGAAAACCUCGAGCAAUUCAGCAGGAACAACAACUCCGUCCAGGCGAACAGUCUGAAAGACCUACUGCAGACCAAGAUAGACGACCUGGAGAAGCAGGUGCUGUCCCGCGUCAACAGCAUCGAGGACGGUAAACCGGGGCUGCGCAACGAGACGGAGCAGCGCGGCAGAGUGGAGUCCACCCUGACCUCCAUGCACCAGCGAAUAACGGAUCUGGAGAAAGACCAGAAAGAAAACCGACCGUUAGAUAAAUUCCAGCUGACAUUCCCGCUGAGGACCAACUACAUGUACGCCAAAGUGAAGAAGAGUUUACCGGAGAUGUACGCCCUCACGGUGUGCAUGUGGCUUAAGUCCAACGCGUCCCCGGGAGUGGGCACGCCGUUCUCUUACGCGGUCCCGGGACAGGCAAACGAGCUCGUGCUUAUAGAGUGGGGGAACAACCCGAUGGAGAUACUCAUCAAUGACAAGGUGGCCAAGUUACCCUUCCUCAUCAACGACGGGAAGUGGCACCACAUCUGCGUCACCUGGACGACUCGUGACGGCGUGUGGGAGGCGUUCCAGGACGGCGUGAUGCGUGGCAGCGGAGAGAACCUUGCCCCCUACCAUCCAAUCAAACCUCAGGGCGUGCUCAUCCUGGGACAGGAACAGGAUACGCUUGGAGGAGGGUUUGACGCAACGCAAGCUUUCGUCGGCGACUUGGCUAAUUUCCACAUCUGGGAUCGUAAGCUGUCUGUCGGGGAGAUCUAUAACUUGGCAACGUGCAGCAGCAAAGCGCAAGUGGGAAAUGUGUUCUCCUGGCUGGAGAGCAGUCUGGAUAUCUACGGAGGAGCCUCCAAAUGGACCUUCGAGCCUUGUCGUCAACUCAACUGACCUGCAGGGGAUGUGGACAGAAAAAAAGUGAAAAACUGUUACAGAGUCUGUCGAAAGACCGUGAAGCAUUUAUUUCCCUAACUGGCAUCAGGAUUUGUAACAGAUAUUUGAAUAUUUCAAUGUUGUGGGCACUUACUAGAUAUAUAAUGGUCCAGCACAUCUAACUGUCAGUCUCGUUGCUCUUGGAUUCAGCCACGGGGCAGGUUGGUACCGUUUGGCACGUGAGACCGCUCCCACUAGGCCUGGACGGUUGGACACAUGCCGGCUGGUCACGGAGGUGUUAUUAUUUCAAAGACCGGUCUAUUUCAAGGAGCGCUGUUCGGAUGCUGGCGGCUUGUAACGCGGAGGCUUACCGGACAGACGGUCACGGAAGCCCGGAGCCGUCUGUCCAAUUUUGUAGGAGGAUUGAGGAAGAAGUCCACCCUUAGUCUUAGACUGCCAUUUCAACAGAUCAUGCGAGGUGAAUUUCUGUCUGUUGUUCUUUCCUUGUCUGGGAUUACUCACUGUGAAAGACAGAUGGACUGAAACAACAAGGCUUGAGACCAGAUCAAUCCAGAAACGUUUAUCUUCUUCUGUAUCGCUUUAGUUCCUCCACUCACCACCUGCUUGAAGUGAUUAUGUGAAAAAUAACGACAUUUCUAUUGCCAACAUACAAGCCUGAGUGCCUUGGGCUGUUGAGUCAAUUCAGCACAUUUCAUUAUAAUUUGCUAAUAAGUAUUUCGUUGUGUAUUAUGUAUUUAUUUUCUUGUAGCCUACAAAUUUUAUUUGACUAAAAGAGAUGUCUAUUGUCGUAACACUUUGUAUUAUGUUGAAUAAGAGAACGUUGUAUUCUAUUUAAAAAGCAGUUCUUUGAUGACUGUGGCGCAUUUUACAGGUGUUUGUACUUUAGUAGGAAUGUUGUGUACCGUAGUUUACCAACAGCAUGACGUGUAAAUGCUGCGACAGCGUCAACAGAAUCUGCUUUAAUAUCUGGGUCCAGGUUUUCUAUCUUCUUGUUAUUAUGCUCAAAGCAUGGCAACACUGAAAAAUGAAAAAAAUCUACUUUUUUAAUAAAAUUGUGAUACUUGAAU